UAAAUAUAAGUUGUUCAAAAAAAAAAAAAAGGAGUUGUUUCAGUAUGAAAACUGUCCUUUUCCGAACCGGUUCCGGCUCAAUUCCGGCGGUUGUUCCCGGUUCUCCUAGAGUUUCUGUUCCCGCUCGUGAAUCUAUUGGUAAAGUGUUUAUCGGAGAGAAGAAGAAGAAAGGAUGUUCUUCUCCUAUGAUCUCUCUGAAUUCGGAAGUCAAUCGUCGCGGUAUACGCCGGGUUUCAUCUGAAUCCGACGUGAUUGGGUCGGGUUUUGAAGGUUCGAGUGUAACUAGAAAGUUGAGUAAGAUUAGAUCGACAUCAUUAUCGUCAAUAAUACCGGAGGAGGAUUGCGGUUCUGAACAGAAUGAGUUGGAGGUUUUGCAAAGUAUUGGAUCACUGAGUUUGACGGAAGAUGGACGGAGUUACACCGGAGACUGGCAUAGGAACAGUAUUCCUGUCGAUGAGCCUGGAUUUCCCGGCGGUGGAAUCGGCUCCACCAAAAACAGAAAAUUUGGCGGUAGGGAUGAGUUCGAUGCAGAUAGUUUAACCGGCGGAAACUCAGAUCCAAGGAAAAUUGGAGCAUAUUAUAAGGAAAUGCUGAAUUCAGAUCCUAUGAAUUCUCUUCUUCUUAGAAACUACGGCAAGUAUUUGCAUGAGGUGGAGAGAGAUUUUGUGAAGGCUGAAGAAUGCUACGGAAGAGCUAUACUUGCAAGUCCUGGGGACGGAGAAGUGCUUUCUCUGUAUGGAAAAUUAGUUUGGGAGACGCAGCGAGACGAAAACAGAGCCAAAUCUUACUUUGAUCAAGCUGUUCACGCUUCUCCUAAUGACUGCACUGUGUUGGGAUCGUAUGCACACUUCAUGUGGGAAGCCGAAGGAGAGGAAGACGAAGACGAAGAGAGAGAAACAGUAGGAGCCGGAGCAUCAACGGUUGCAGCUUACUAGC